CGAAGAAGAACUGCACGGCGUACUUUCUCAAUUUAGAAAUGGCGCUUCGAGUUGUAAACGCCUGAAGUCCAGAGAGCCUUUCGUUUUUUUUUAUUUUUGAAACUCCUCGGGGAUCUUGGAAAUAUUAUAUUUUUAAAACGACCGGAUUAUGAAAGAGGAAGGGGAGUUAUUUAAGGAAAAGCGAAGCAAUAGUGGCUCCGAAGCCUUCAUCAUCAUCCUUGGACAGUGAACAAUGCAUGACCUGACUGCCCAAGUGACCAGCAGCCUGCUGCCCUUCUCAGGAGUGACUGUAGAUGCUCUGGGUGAGGAUGACAUCAGCCUGGACUGUGUUCUUCAUGGCAAGUUUACUGUUGGUCGCAGCGGGCUGGCCUGGUUGGCCAGUGGACCCAACCUGGAGGUUGUUCACGCAGUGACAGGAGAGCGGCUGUCAGCGUACCGUUUCAGUGGUGGAGGAGAGCACCCACCCAUUGUCCUCGCUGCCAGGGACUUCGACUGGCUCAAAAGGUCAGAGCACAGAUCUGGGUUGUUGGUUGGCUUGGAGGAAACGGAGGGCAGCAUUCUGUGUCUUUAUGACCUGGGACUGUCCAGGGUGGUGAAAGCUGUGGUUAUACCAGGCAGGAUUACAGCUAUUGAGCCUCUUGUGAGUUAUGGUGGAGCAAGCACUUCCACUCAGCACCUCCACCAGAGUUUACGCUGGUUCUUCGGCAUUGCUGCAGUAGUAACGGAUCUUGGUCAUGUCCUGCUUUUGGAUCUUUGUCUUGAUGAUCUUUCCUGCAGCCAGAGUGAACUGGAGGCUUCAGACCUACAGGUGGUUACAAAGUCUCUUGCAGACAUCCCCACGCUGAGAGAGGAGAGCACCAGGCAGGGCCGACAUCUCUGUCUGCAGCUGUGCUCUCCCAGUGGCGUGGGAGUCACGGCCUUGCAGUACAUCUCCAGAACCAACCAGCUAGCAGUGGGGUUUUCUGAUGGACACUUGCAGCUGUGGAACAUGAAAACCCUGAAAAGGGAAUAUCAGUGCCAGUUGGAGGGUGGAAAGGUGCCGGUUCACGCCUUCACCUACCAGGAGCCAGAGAAUGACCCCAGAAACUGCUGCUAUCUCUGGGCUGUCCAGUCUUCUCAGGAUCUCGAAGGCGAUCUUGUCAGCCUUCACCUGCUUCAGAUGGCCUUCAGUGAAAGAAAGUGUCUGGCCUCUGGGAAGAUCCUCUAUGAGGGUCUUGAGUACUGCGAGGAGCGAUACAGUCAGGAUUUAAGCGGCACAUCCUUCCCUCUCAGGGCUCAGGCCACAAACACACGUCUGCUGGGCUGCCAGACAAUUGAGAAGUUCAGAGCCCAUCCUGACAGGGACGACAGUAUGAAUGAAGCCGCAUCACCAGACACCAGUUUGUCCAUCUUUAGUUGGCAAGUCAAGGCUUAUGGCCAAGGAAGUCCCUCUACCUAUAUAGGUGUAUUUGACAUCAACCGCUGGUACCAUGCACAAAUGCCUGACUCGCUAAGAACUGGGGAGUCUCUCCAGAACUGCCCCUACCUGGCAGUUUGGUCCCUGGAUGUUGUGGUGCAGAUGGUGUCCCCCCACCCCUUCCUGGAUGUACUUGUUCAUGAGCGCAGUCUGAGCAGGGGCCUGCCCUUCACCUGCCCACCCCCAGAGCAGUACUUUAAUCCAACCACUUAUAACUUUGAUGCCACAUGUUUACUUAACACUGGAAUUGUGCACUUAACUUGCUCUGGGCAUCAAAAAGAGACUUUAAGCUUUUUGAAGAAAGCCGCCCCUUGUUCCAGUGACAUCAUCUCUAUCAGCUACUCCCACUGCCUUAUGUCAGGCCUCCUCUCAUCUCGGCUAUCAGACACUCAGACAAGCAGCCUCUCUCAGGAGGAGCAGCUGGAUGCCAUCCUUUCAACAGCAGUCGAGACCAGUUCCUUGGGAUUGAUUACUGGUUGUAUUAAGCAGUGGACUGCAGAAGAACAACCAGGAUCUGCCCUGAAUCUUCGCUACAUCCUGGAUUGGGCUUGGAACAAAGUAGUCCAGACCAAAGAAGAGCUGGAUGGCAUCUGUGCCCCCUUGUUUAACAGCUCAUCUAACUUCACCGACCCUCAAACCCUGCAGCUGCUGCAACACACCCAGAGACUGCUGAGUAAUCUGAGCGCCAUCUUCCACUGCCUCCUCAGUGAAGCUCAGGAGCUCACACAGCAAGGUUUAUCAGGUUUGAUCAACAAGAACAUGGUGUCCAGUUUAAUCUCCAAAUACGCUCAAGUGGUCCUGUGGUUCUGUCGUACCGGCUUACUCCCGGAGGGAUCAGCAGAUGAAGAUGCUCUCCAGAUCCCCAGGCCUUUCUUUACCCAUUCAGUGAUCAGUAACUAUUACUCCAUACGCAGGGAGGAGCUGACUAGGUUGGCCAAGACCAAAUGGUGUGCAGACUGCCUCAUGAUCGAUGGUUUGGUCGGAGAGUGUGGUGAACGUCUAACCAAUCUGUGGAAAAGGGAUGAGGAGGGAACAGGGCAGUACCCACCACCCACACUGCAUGCAUUGCUUGACCUCUACCUUCUGGACAACAUUGAUGAAGCUGCCAAACAUGCUAUUGUGAUUUACUUGUUGCUGGAUGUCAUGUACUCCUUUCCCAAUAAGGAUGGAACAUCAGUGGAAUCUUUUCCCACAGCGUUUGCUAUCCCUAUCGGACUGGUUAAACUGGUACAAGGACUCUGGCUGCUGGACCAUCAUGAUCAUCAGAGUUCAUUUGAUCUGCUCCUACAUCCAGCUGCCUCUCAGUUUCACUUCGCAUGGCAGCAUGAGCGAGUCCUGCAGGCGCUGAUGUGUCAAGGCCAACAGUCAGUGGCGCUCCGUUACUUCCACGUUACAAAGCCUCCGAUUACCUCCACCGCCCGGGCAAAACUCUGCCUCUCCGUGCUGCUACAUAACAGGUGUCUUAUUGAGGCAUGGUCUUUAGUUCGGCAGCACUCCAACAGCUUGAAUAUCACUGAGCUGCUGGGCUUCCUGUAUGAGAGUUGCCAGGAGCUGGGCCUCAUCAAGGAGCUUCUUAAACUCCCGCUGGGACUCAAUGAACAGGACUGCUUGGAAAAGUUUCUUCAAGGUACAGGAGGUCUUCAAAACCGAGAACUGCUGAUGGUGCAUUACCUUCAACAGGCUAAUUACAUUCCUGCUCUGCAGCUCAACCAAAACCUUAAAAUGAACUUGGUGAAUGAGCGAGACCCAAAGCUUAAGGAGCGAUCCACCACCAGAAACUCUAUUUUAGAUGGAUACGGGAAGGUUUUGCCAAGGGUGCAGAGAAAACUGGCAAUGGAGAGAGUCAAGCCUUACCAACAUCCCUCCACCAUUCACAGAGAAGUUUCCCGGCCUCAGCCACUGUCUGCUAUCACCAAACGUUCUGCUGAUGAGAAGGUGCUGUCCAGAGCUGGAUUUAUCCACAGUGUCCUCACAAAGAUCAAGGAGGUGUGGCAAGGCAGAGAAGUUACACCUGAGCCCUCCCCUGCCAAGACACCCAAAGCAGCAAAUGUUCAGAGCUCCAGUCCUAGGCCUUCGGCCCUUACUUUUCCAGAUCCCUUCCUGGGAACGCCCAUCACCAUGACCUCCAAACGAAAGUCAAGGCUGAUGGAUCUGGUGGUCCACCCGUCCUGUCAGACUCCUCAGCCUCUCCUCAGUCCUCAAAGACCUCCAAGUUCCUGGGUUUCUCCAAAGAGCAUCAGAAAAGCACCUGAACUCCAUUUGCUGCAAACGCCGCAGGUCGUCAAACGAGCUCGAGCCUUGGCUGCUUCUGGCCCCGUCUUCUCAGCUUUCACCCCUCAGUCCAUCCUGCGCAGCAGCCUGAGACCUACGCCUGUUGCUACUCCUUCUGCUUCUCCAGGGCGCUCCAUCACCCCCCCUUUGCGUAGCAAAGAGAGCCGCAUCACUUUCAUUGAAGAAGCCGAGACUCCUGAAACCGAGAAGGAGAUCCGAUGGACCAACGGGAUGGCAGCAGAAAGUGAGAUCAGCCAGCUAAGCAGAGGCUCCAAAGCUACAAACAAGAGCUGGUCUUUACGAACUGCUAAAGAGGAAGAUGGGGAGGAAGGCCAACAUCCUCGUGUAAAGUUCCUACCUCCAGAAGGCGGUUUUACCUCACCACAACUUAGGUGCUCUGGGAGUGAGCCAUCACCCAUUCAGGAAGAGGCUGCAGAGGGAAGUCAGGCACAUGCCAGUGUGAACUUAGACACCAGCCAGACCUCUGUUCAGUCAGUAGACACCACUCUAGAGUAUUAUGAUGCUCCUCUAUCAGUUGACCCCAAAGGAGCAAAGAGGUUAACUUUCGCAGAGGAUGAUGAUGACGAUGACGAUGUGGUGACAUUCAACAUCAAGCCUGUGACUGAAAAAGAAUCAGAACAAAGUUUAGAAAAGACUCCAGAGCAGAGCUUUAACUUCCUUUCAGAGAAGCAAGAGGAGAUUUUGAAGGCAUCAAAAAGCUGUGAGGAGGUGAUUGAACAAACCUCUGGUCAGAGGGCACAUGAGGAAGAUCUAAACACUGCCUCCGUGAGCAAACAAGACGAUACUGUAAGCCUCGACAUGGAGGAACAAACUGCUCACCAUGAAGUUGAUAACCAGGUGACUGAGGUCUCGGACUCAGAGGUCAGAUAUGAGGAGCAGCAAGUUAAAGAUGCUGAACCAGAUGCUGAGUGUGAGACCGCUGAGUUCAGCAUUGAGCAACCUAAACCAUCUCAAGAAGGAAAAGCCACAAACGAUCAGGAGAAGACAACAGAUCUGACAGAGUUUGUUCAGCAGCACCUGUUUGGUGAUGACCCGUCGCAGUCUUUCAGCGACUCAACGAUCCACAGCACGUUACUGAGCCACACGUCCUUACCCAGCGAGCUCUUAGGGGAGGUUGAAGAGGAGCAGCAGCCAGCGGCUGUAGAUCCCCCGAUCAUCACAACACAGAAAUCCACCAUUUCUGUCACCUCCUCAGAACCAACAGGCACCGACUCUCACUCUGUGGUGAGUGUGAAUGAUAGUGAAGAAUUAUCCAGCCCUGCAUCUGAGGAGGAGGAGGAGGAGUCAUCAUCUAAUCAAGCUGAGGAGGAAGAGGGAGAAGAUGAGGAGGAGGAAGACGAAGAGGAAGACUCCGGUAGUGAGGUGGAAAUAAUCGAUGAGGUUCAGGGUAACGGGAGGCUGCCACCACUACUGCCCAGUUCAGCCUUCAUGAGGCAGGAACACAGUCCCUUCCUGCAGGAGCUGUCAGAGCAGCAGACCGCUGAGUUCUCUCUGAUCACUCCUGGUGCAGAGAUGAAGAUCAUAGAGGAGGACAUAGAGGGCGAGGUGGUGAUGGUAAGACUGGGUGAGGAGGAGGGAGGGAUGGAUCCAGUCGCAAACGUGGAGCAGAGAUCAUCAUACAUGGAGCUCCAACCUUCAGCUACCCUACUGGUCCCCUAUGAGUUCAUGGAAGGACAGCAAGGCCUGAUGGAAGGAGCUCAGACCGGCAUGGUGGCCGAGGAGCAGCAGCCUGAAACUCAAACCAACUUCACACUAAUGCUGGAAACGGAGGAGGAUGGAGGGAAGGAGUCGUCGGCUGUCAGGAGUGAUCUGCCUGCAGCUGAGCCUCCUGCUCAGCCUGAGUUGGAGAAUCAAGACCUUGUAGAUGAACCCGACAUCAUUCCUGUGGAAGCGGAUAAUAUUGAUGAGGCUUUACAAGAAGAAGAAGAACAGAGAGAGACAGAAAAUAUGGAUCAAAAUGAUGAUGAUGAACUGGGAGAAGCUGAAAAUAUCAAAGCUGAUCCGCAGACUGAGAUUACUGCUGAAACACUGGAGACGAGAGACUCAGCUGAACAAAGAGAUUUCAAAUUGGAAGAAAUCAGAAGACUCUCUGAAGAUGAAGAAUCUGCUUCUGUUUCAGUUCCAGGAGAACCUCCAGCUGCUGUUAAUGAUUCAAAGUCUGCCGCAGAAACAGAAGCUGUUGAGGAGGAGGAAGAGCAUCAGCAACCAGUGUCUGGUGAAGUGCAGCUGCCUGAUAGGAACGGACCUGUUGAAACAGUGCAGGAAGAAACUGAGUUUGCUGCGGAGAACAGGAAGCUUGACCUCCAAACAUCACAUACUGAGGAAGAAACAGAGGAGAAAACCAGGAGACGACUUAGGUAUAAAGAUGUUGAAGAGGAACCUGCAGAGCAGCUUGUUUGUUCAGAAAGCCAAACUGAGAAACAAACCACAGCCUCUCAGAGAAAGAAAGCUCCUUCUACUCCAACACGGAGGAUGACGAGAGGAAGGAACGUCACUUUCACCUCUCCGCUCCCAGAGGCGGCAGACGAGCCAGAGCAAGACGGAAAAGCAGUGAUAGAAAAAACGAGAAGCGUUGUUCCAAUCUCGCCUGCUCGUACGCCUAGGAAAGGUAAAGCGAUCCAACCCGUCACACCUCGUAGAAGUACUCGCAAAACUCAUGCAGAGCCUCCUGAGGAGGAGCCUGCAAAGGUUGAAACAGAGAUAUCAGUUGUGUCAACCUCCAAGAAGGCUUCCCCAAGCAGACGAUCACAAAGAGCCGCUGCAGCAAGAACCGACAGCAAAGAGAAUCCUGCGACCACAGAGGUGGAGGUCAGAGAGGACAGCCAAGACGAUGAGGUUGUUGAGACAAGGAGUCGCAGAAGCUCCAAGACUCAGACCCCUUCUAAGCAGAGGACCUCCCAGGCGACUCCUUCCAGGAGGUCCAGCCGAAAGACGAACACCAGUGAGGUGGAGCCAGCUCCUGUGAAAGUAAAAGAAGAGGACAAAGAGAAGCCGGUUGUCCCUCCUGUAAAACGCAGCUCCAGGAGAAUGAGAUCAGAAGUGCUGCCAGCUGUGUUUGAAGAAGAAGAGGAGAAAAAAUUGCAGCUUCCGAGCCCUGGGAGGGCAACACGCCAGUCCAGCAGCAACACCCUAAACAUGUAUCCACAGGUCACACUGGUUCCUCUGUCCCUUCCUCAGAGCACCAGGAAGAAGCGACAAGAAGCUGCUAUAGAAGUGAAAGAAAGCAAAUCUCCUCUAAAGUCCGAUUCUAACAAAAGCACUAGUCAGUCCAACUCACGCCGCCCAACUAGAAGUAGGCUUUGGGGCCACACUGAGGAGGAUCGGCCCCUGCUGGACUCGCCAUUAGAGGUGGACUCUGAAACCCCUGUUGCAGAUGCCCUCAUCAAGAGACUCGAGGAUGAGGAGGAGAAACAAGAAGGUGGUGCUUUGAUAAAGUCAGAGAGAACCAGGAAGAGGAGUACAAAAUCAUCAGUGAAGGAGCUUUCAUCUCAGCCUCCUAAAACGGACAGCCUGGUGCCUGAACCUGCAGAAGAAGAGUCCAGUCCAGGGGAGGACUCGUUUAUCUACUCGCCUUCCAGACGGCGGCAAACCAGAGCUCAUAAAGCAGAGUUUGCUGCUCCAAGCGAGGACCUGGAAGUACCAGUUACACGCAGAAGAACUAGAGUAAAAGAUAUUCCUGCUCAGGAUAAAGUUUCUACAGAAAAGGACCUUCCUGAAGUGGAGAAAACCACCAAACCCAGAAAAGAAAGUAAAAAAACAGCAAAACCCAGAGCGCUUUCAGAGCCUGUUCCCAACGUAGAGGUGGACCUGAUCUCUCCGCUGCCUAGUCCAAAGGAUCCUCUCCCUCGAGCUCUGACGAGGAUAACAGACGGAGAGGCACCCAUCACCACUAGGAACCUUCGCCGCAAACGUAUAAGGGACGCCGUUUUCUCAAAGCCCGUCACCAGAAGGAGGAAACUUUGAAGAUGUCGUAACAACCAGUGAACCUCAGGCAGCCACAGGAAGUUUUGAAGCAAAAAUCUGUCGAAAAAAAAAAGAACGGCCUGGACUUAAAAUGGUUCUGAUUCUUAAAAUGCCACAUCGUGCUGCACUUCUUCUGGAAGACGGUCUCUGCUGAGAGGAUAAUGGAAGCUGUGGGAGGGUUUUAUUUGUCGGACAAAACGGCAGAUUAAUAGUGAUGAGGAUAUAUUUUUGCCGUUUACAUUUCCUUCUCAUGCAAACUUGAUGUCACUUGAUAGGUGAUCAUUUUGUAUCGGGCGUCUUGAUUUUGAGCUCUGGACACCCAAAGGCACAGAGAAAAGCCAUCAGUGUGGGGGGUUUGAGCGUCCCUAAGGGAAAAAAAAAACGAAACUGAUCCCAUGAAGAGGUUUUAUUGGCAGUCUGAUAUUUUAAGGAUUUUCUUUUUCUUGUUAUUGUUUACUUUUAACAGGCCUGUUUUUCUAUUCAUGAGGAAAAAGGCAAUCGACUAGUAGGGAUCUAUUUCUACUGCUAGAUUUGUAUAUAGUCAUUUGUUAUGUUCCAAAUAAAGUUAAUAAUUAAAUCCUAAGGAAUUAAGUUUAUUUUGAAGUGUCUUGAAUGCAUUUGAUGAUCAUAUCAGAUUGCCUUUGCCAAAGUCUUAAAUUCUCAAUAGAUUUUGGGAGAUUUUGUGUGGAAAAAUGCUGCUGUUGGCAGAUCUGGGAGAGAUGUAAAGGAGAAAAGAUGCACAAUUAACAGAUGUAAACAAAGCUCCGGAGAUUGUUUAAUGCAAUUUAUGGCAAAAAGCAUCUGAUUCAGACUAUUUUCUGAUGAAUGUAUGUAGAAUGUCUUAUUUUUGAUGACUGCUCUUUGAUAAAUACAGCUUAACUUAAAAACAAAAAU